UCACAAUGGUUGACCUAGUCAAGUGGAGUCUGAUCUCCUUGUACUUUACCGGUCGUCUUACUGGCUCCAUCAACUUCGAGAUCGAUUUUAGAACGGCUCGAUUAAAAGUUACUAAAAGAGCCACUGUAUGUGCAGCCUGCCUGCAAAUACUCAUACUCGGCUCACUUUAUUAUCAGCUGCUUCAUACGGAUUUUAUAACCACCAUAAUAAGUGGUGUCGAGACACUCACAGAUUACGUGUUCCUGGUUAUAGAAUGCUCUCGAGUGAUUGGCAUCAUCUUGGCCUUGGUCAGUGUUUGGACUCAUCAUAGAACUUUCGUACGACUCUACAACUCCUUCCGCCGACUCUCUCAAAACAAUCCUGAGGCAGUCCAGUAUUGCAGAAAGAGCAUUGUUGGCAAGUGCUUGUGUAUCCACGUAUCGGAGAUAUUGCAAGUUGUAGUCAUCUUCUAUAUCUUGCGAGAUCAGCUUACUAUACCCCGGUGUAUACGCGUUGGGAACAUAGUGGCUUUAUCGGUUGUGAUAAAUGUGGUUACUGCGCAAUACUUCAUAGCUUUGGCCACUCUGAGGGGACGCUACUUUCUCCUGAACAGGGAUUUGAGAACCUUUUUAGCCGAAACCCGAGCCCUGAACCCAAGAAAAAGGGGAGUAUUUGUUACCGCUUGUUGCAGCCUUGCCGAUCGCUUGGAAAGGAUAGCUCAAUCCCAGUCAGCGGUACAGGGGCUCGUCGAACGGCUUGUAAGGACCUUCCAAGUUCGGAUCGUUUUCAUAAUCAUCCUUUCCUAUCUAAACUUGGUCGGGAACCUGUACAUCCUAUACAGCUAUUAUAAAAACGGGAUUUUGGCCAAACUUUGGCUCAGCGAAGAAGUAGUGUUUGUCACUUCUUUCACAGUUUAUUACUUCAUUGAGUCCUGGACAAACGUGUACAACUCAUUCUACCUAUUAGACGCCCACGAAGAGAUGGUCCAACUGCUAGGUCAGCGGACUCUCUUCAAACCCGAAUUGGAUCAACGCUUGGAGGCAGUUAUAGAUAGCUUCGUACUGAACCUGGCCCGAAAUCCAUUGAGGAUUCGAUUCCUAGGCUUCUAUACAAAUAGUAGGCCUGCUUCAAUUGCCUUAUUUGAAACUUAUUUAAGCCACCUUAUACUCCUUAUCCAAUAUGAUAUUGAACAUUCUUAAAGCAACAAAGUAAACAAAGCAAUUAAAUGUCUAAUUUUCUAAUUUUUCCUCCUUAAUUUGGAAAUGUUACUUCCCCGAGAGUGACCUGCGACGGCCUAAUCAUUUUUGUAAUCCCUUUUUUAAUUUUUCGCUAUUGAUUUUAUAUUAAUUUUCUAGAAAGAAGAAACACGCUUUAAUGGUAAAGUUAAUAGUCGCCUGCUGUAGACAUAAUCUAGUUAAAAGUUUGUUCACCCA